GCGUGUGCCUGCGUGUGUGCGGCCUGCGUGGGGGCGCGCGUGUGAGGGCGGCGGGGGGGCGGCGGCGUUCCGGGCCCGGGGACUCGGGACACCGCGGAGGGAGGCGGCGACGGCGGUGGCGAGAGACGCUGGCCACCAUGGACAUGGAGAGGCUGCAGGAGGCGCUCAAAGAUUUUGAGAAGAGGGGGAAAAAGGAAGUUUGUCCAGUGCUGGAUCAGUUUCUUUGUCACGUAGCCAAAACGGGGGAGACAAUGAUUCAGUGGUCCCAAUUUAAAGGCUAUUUUAUUUUCAAAUUGGAGAAAGUAAUGGAUGAUUUCAGAACGUCAGCUCCUGAACCAAGAGGUCCUCCUAACCCUAAUGUUGAAUAUAUUCCCUUUGAUGAAAUGAAGGAAAGAAUUCUGAAAAUUGUCACUGGAUUCAAUGGUAUUCCUUUUACUAUUCAGCGACUUUGUGAAUUGCUAACAGAUCCAAGGAGGAACUAUACAGGAACAGACAAAUUUCUCAGAGGAGUAGAAAAGAAUGUGAUGGUUGUUAGCUGUGUAUAUCCAUCUUCAGAGAAAAACAGUUCUAACAGCUUAAACCGGAUGAAUGGUGUUAUGUUUCCUGGAAACUCACCGAGUUACACUGACAGGUCUAACAUUAAUGGUCCUGGAACUCCCAGACCAGUUAACCGACCAAAGGUUUCUUUGUCAACCCCUAUGACAACAAAUGGUUUGCCCGAGAACACAGAAGGUAAAGAGUCAAAUUUGCACCUGACUGAGGAGAAAAACCACAGUGAUUCAUCAACAUCUGAAUCGGAAGGCACCCAAGCGAGUACUGUAAAAAACAAACACGCUGAUGAAGACCCUGUGGAAGCUGAGGGGCACGAGGUCAAAAGACUCAAAUUUGACACAGACGGUGAGGACAGAGACGCAGCCAACCAGAGUUCCUCUGGGGAGAUGUCUUCAGCUGUGGUAGAAGAAACAGGAACACCAUCUGUAUCUCAGGAUAAAGACAGAGGAAACAGCUCUUCCAGACAGCGUUGUACAGAAGAGGAAGAGGAGGAGGAGGAAGAAGAGGAAGACGAGGAGGAGGAGGAAGAAUCUUUUGUGACCUCACAAGAAAUUACUCCAGAAAGAAAAGAUCAAGAAAAAGAGACUGAUGAGGCCUUAACUGUGAGUGAAGGGACUUCUGAGGAGAGUAAUCAAAUGGAGGAAUCUGUCCUAUCUCAGGAAGACAAAGAUUUGCAUUCUGAAGACAGUGAAAAUACAAGACCUGUAAGUAGUGGUGCUGAUUGCAGUGAAACUGAAGAAUUAGGAGCCUAUGCCAGUGAAACUCAAGAAAUUCCAUCUGAAUCCCCAAUGGAAAACAGUGAUGAGGCCACAGACAUUGCAGAAGAACCUAUGGAGCAAGACUAGCUGUGAGACCCAUUUAGAUGCAGUAUUUUACAUAAGGCCCUGAUUUUCCACUGUAUAAAACUUUUGUGUAAUAAAGUGGACCUUUAGUUUUACAAGAGAAGCAGGUUGUAAAGUAUGAUUCUUCAUGGAAUAAAUCCUGAAAGAGUUUUACACAUAAAAACUGUGAACAUCGGCUCCUUCAGGUCCUGCUUACCGCUGACUUUUUGGUCUGGUCAAAUCAGUGGUAUGUGUAUAGAUUUUUUUUUAAUUUAGAAUAAAAGUUUUUAAACUGGAAGGUAAUAAUUAUAAUUUUGACAAACUUUUUGGAGAUUUACCACAUUUAGUUUAUACAUAUGCAAGAAAGCUUUUUGUCUUGUCUAUUUCUGACAGCUCUAGCAGUUUUCAUAUUUUGGUCAUAGUUUCAACAUUUUAACAUGUGAAUUAUAGGGUUUCAUGCUGGUUUCCAGAUUUUAUUGUUUGACUAUGUACAAUGGAACCUUAAGUCAUAAAUACGUAUAAAUAUAUAUAUACUAUUCUAAGGGGGAAAAUGUUCUAUUUUUCUGUUUCUAUAAGAGAUGAAUACAGUGAAUACUUUUUCUAUUGGAAAUAAUUGAAUUCACCUCUUUCAGAAGGCAAUUUCUUUCACUUCUGAAUGAUUCAAAUAAAAUCUGGCCCCUAUGAAACCCUGGAAAUCUUUUAACACUGUUGGAAGUACCAGGUUAAACACAUUCCAAGAAAUCUGUUCAAACUACAACCCUUUUGUAUACUUCUGAGGUGCCUGACUAAAAGGACUUCAUUUAUUUAUGAGAAAAAUUUGCUUUAUGUUAAGAACAGUCUUCAACCAUUAGCUUAAUAUUUUAUAGGGUGAAUGCUUAUGAAGCUGAUGUGAAAACAUCUCAGAAGAACUGAGCAGGUUACUUCACCUUUUGCUUGCUUCUAUGAACAUUGUGAAUAUUACACAUUUCUUUCUAAAUUAUUUGAAAGUAUGCAAAUGGAUUUGGUAUGAUACACCAUUGUACUGGAGGAAUUAAUAUAUUACCUUAGUAAUGUACCUGAGCUAAACGAUUGAAAAUUCUAGGGGUGCAUAGAAACAACAUAAUUUGUAUGACAUUUUGAAGUGAAUUAAAUAUUUUUGAACAUGCUAGUCCGACAGCCAGUGUUCUAUUUUUCAGAUCAGCGCAAAGCACAACUACUGCUCAACUCAAUGUUUUCAGAUUCCCAUAAAGUCAUGCAAGCUGCAACUUCCCAGUCAAAAUUACUGGCUGCCAAAUUUAUACCUGUUUCUUCAACUGUACCUUUUUGAUAUUUAGAAUUUUUAAAUUUCUGUAAAGUAGAUUUUGUAGAUUGUAAUGUGUUCACUGCCUUUGUGAAGCGGUAUAUAAUUGUAUAAUUUCUGUGUGUAAACUGAAUGCUUGGGCUUUCAAUACAGUAUUCAUAUAAAGCAAUAAAUAUUAAUGUUAUAAAAUAUUCGAGUACAUUUUUAUCAAAACAAAAGAAUACCUUUUUUAGUUUCAGAUGCCUGAAAUACACAAAUGGAUUAAAAAGUUGAUGCAAUUUCUGAUACCAUAUCAUAUGCUUUACGAAUGAUUUGGGGAAAAACACAGGUUGUGGAUUUUGUCUGUUUAAAUUUUAUUUACAGAAACACCAGAACAAUUUGGCUCAGUUUCUGUAUUUGUAGAGUACUUAUUACUGACUGUCUUGUCUGUCAGGUUCACAGCAGCCAGAGGAUAUAUUUAAGAAUGUUUGAUAGUUAAAAAACAAACAAAAAAACACUGCACGUUGAUUAUUAUCUCCCAGAAAAAAGAAAAUCAAACAUUGCAAAUUUCUUUUAAUUUUUUCAAAAUUGCCAACUGCAGAUGUGUUUAAUAAAAAAUAAAUGUUCAAAAUGUUGAAAUGAAGCAAGGUUAAAUAUGACAUUCAUUCAUAGUAAAAUUUUACUUUUUUGUUGGAUAAUUUGCCAAUGAGAACAAAUUUUAAACAUUUUAAGUUUAGAAAUUUUGGAAUUUCCUUUAGGAUUUUUGUGAAAAUAUUGUCAAUAAACCUAUUCUUUAAGCACCCAUGACCUUUUGAUAUUUUUAUUUUAAUAGUUGUAGUGCCAUGGACUAUUUGUUAAUGUAAUGAUUAUAACCAAUUUACUUUGUCAAUUUUAAGUUUUAAAAUUUAGCAAUGUGGUUUUGUGGUCUGUGAACUUGUAAACUUGCAAUUGCUGUUUUUGCAAGGGUAAAUGCAUCUCUUUAUUAAAUAAAGUAAAAUAAUGAUGAAUGUAUAAAAUGCUAUCCUAACUCUGUAUGAGAGAUAUGCUUUUUAAUUUUUAGUUUAUUGUUAGCCUUCAAAUGUUGAUCAUAGAUCAAAUUUGUUGCUGUUUACACAAGGUGAACUGACGAAUGCUCUGGGUUUACUUAUGGAAUAUAUCGUGCUUCUUUAUUUGGAUGGAUGGGACAGACACUUCCAUGGUUAAACUUGGAUAUAGACUUCUUGUUUAGCUGCUGUCAAGGUGUUGGUAACUAGCAGGGAAUGAGAAGUUUAUUCUUAAGCUUGAAAAGGUGCACUCAGGAGAUAAACUAAGAAAGAAAGAUAACAGUUCUAAUUAACAUGUCAGACCUGUUUUGGUAAUUGGUACAUUUCUGACAUUUCACAAUGUUCAUUCUGACAAUAGUUUUUCUUUAACAUGGUGGGCCAACAGAAUUUCAAAAGAUCUAAAUCAAGAUUCAAGAAUUUGUGGGUUUAAAAUGCCAUUUUCUUGCUCAUCUUUUCUAGCCUAGAAAUGGCUUCUAAUUACUUAGGCUGUUUGCCUAGACAUAAAAUAGUAAUCAGUACUGAUUAGGCAUUGAAGAAUAAAUAAACAUUAGUUUUCAUUAAUUUUUUUUUGCCAGAAAUGAUUACAGUAUGUUUUGAAAAUACUGAAAACAGUUCUGAUAUAGUAGAACACAACAAUCAAUGAUUCCCAUCAUCUCCAACCCCCCCACCCUCACCCCCCCAAUGGUUUGUUUAAAUCAAGUUAGGAUAAGUUUUGGCUGCACCUUUGAAAGCAGGCAAAAUAAUAGUCUAUUGUUGGCAAUUUGGAGCAGUAAUCAUGCGACUUUGAAAAGAACCCCUCAAACACUGGGCCAUAUAAGCACUGGCUUUAUAAAAAGCAUUGUGUUCAUUUAAGAGUGCUUUAUUUUGCCAAUGUAGAUAGGCAUGCAUUUUUUAUGCAUUUUAACCUAAAGUCAGAGACUAACUUUCAAUUAAUAUAGUAUAAAUUAGUUUUCAUGUAAAGGUGCUGGUGUGAAGUAAUUCUUAAGAAAGCUGCUAAAAUGGUAUUUAUGAAAAAAUUGGAGAGGGGAUACAUUUACAACUUGUACAACCAAAGGAACUAAAUUAUGGGAGGCUUUAAAAUUAUGAUCCCUGAACAAUUUCAUAAGUACAUGGCAAAAGGGAUGCUCAGCUAUUUGUGAGAUAGAUGGCAAUCAUAAAAUGGAUAAAUGCAGUGACAUUAAAUAAUUAUAAUUUUAUAUGGGAAAGUGGUUCAAGACUAAGUUUAAUGCAUUAAUAGUCUAAUAAGAAUGAUAGUGUAUUGAUGAGAAUAUAUUUAAAUAUAGUGAACCAAUAAUAAACUUCCUUCAGGAUUUUCUUAUUAUUUGAACUUGGAGCCCAGCUUACUUUGCCAAAAAUGUAUUAUUUUCAUAAUGCAAUAAAAUACAAAUUAGACAAA